GGAAGCCUCGCUGUAUUGACAUUUUCGGAGGAGCCUGGCGCCGCACGCGCUCGUUUCCUCCGAGUCUCCCAAAAGCUCGCAAUGGCGCCCAUGCCGCUGCCUCUUUCGUGUCUUCUGAAGUACACAGAGUGUCUACAGAGGGCGCGAGGUGUCUGUAAUGUCUUCCGGGCUCUGCCCCACGGAGCGUCCAGGUUUCGCCCCUGGAGGAGGAAUUUCAGGGCGAUAUCUCGUGGAGUCGGUCCGCCGUUGUCCCAACAACAUCCCGUCGCCCCCAAGUGCGCAGCAUCUGUCUGCAGCAGCCCCCCGAGCGGCGAGGGCGUCGCAGAGAGGCUGUGGUCUGUUUACAAUGAGACCAAGAGGCAAACACAGGGUAUAUCCACUCAUGAAGUCGACCCAGACACCAUUUUUGCAAACAACGAGAUGAGCCUCCGAGACAUAGAGAUCUAUGGCUUUGAUUACGACUACACUCUGGCCUUCUACUCCAGCCAUCUGCACACACUGAUCUUCAACAUAGCACGGGACCUCCUCAUCAGUAACCACCGGUACCCAGAGGGCCUGCGGAAAUAUGAGUAUAUUCCUGAUUUUGCUGUCAGGGGACUUCACUAUGAUGUCCAGAAAGCACUCCUGAUGAAGAUAGAUGCUUUUCAUUAUAUCCAGUUGGGAACUGUAUACAGAGGUCUUCAUCCAGUUCCCGAUGAGGAAGUCGUCGCCAUGUAUGAAGGCUCUCACGUACCCCUGGAGAUUAUGAGUGACUUCUAUGGAAAGAGUUCACAUGGCCACACCAUGAAGCAGUUCAUGGAUAUUUUCUCUCUGCCUGAGAUGACUCUACUGUCGUGCGUGAACGACUUCUUCAUGAAGCACAACAUCGACUAUGAGCCUGUGCAUCUCUACAAAGACGUAAAGGAAGCCAUUAGAGAUGUCCACGUGAAGGGGAUCAUGUAUCGAGCGGUGGAGGCAGACAUCGAUAAGUACAUUUGCUACGGGGAGCAAAGCCACGCUGUGCUGAAGAAGCUGUCAGCGCACGGAAAGAAGAUGUUCCUCAUCACCAACAGCCCCUUUGACUUUGUGGACCGUGGAAUGAGCUAUAUUGUUGGAAAAGAUUGGAGGGAUCUGUUCGAUGUUGUAAUAGUUCAAGCUGACAAACCUGGUUUCUUCAACGACAGGAGAAAACCUUUCAGGCGUGUGACAGACAAAGGUGCGCUGCUGUGGGACAGAAUCCACCGGCUGGAAAAAGGGCAGAUCUACAAGCAGGGAAACCUCUAUGAGUUCCUCAGACUCACCGGCUGGAGGGGAUCUAAAGUACUUUACUUUGGAGAUCACAUCUACAGUGACUUAGCAGAUCUAACCCUUAAACACGGCUGGAGGACGGGGGCCAUCAUCCCUGAGCUGCGGAAGGAGAUCAAGAUCAUGAACACUCCAGAGUUUGUGCACAUGAUGUCCUGGUUGCAGGCGCUGACUGGACUUAUCGAGCAGAUGCAGGUGAACUGGGAUCCAGCAUCUCAAGCUGUAGUUGAAGAGUGGAUCAAAGAAAGAGAUGCAAUGAGGUCACAAACGAAGGACAUCUUCAAUGCACAGUUCGGGAGCCUCUUUCGUGCGUACCACAACCCCACCUACUUCUCACGCCGACUGUCACGCUUCGCCGACAUCUACAUGGCCUCCAUUAGUUGCCUGCUUAACUAUGACCUCCAGCACAUCUUUUUCCCUCGCCGCACUCCUCUGCAGCACGAAUCCCCAUACUGGCUAGAAUACAAUCCCUCUGGUCGCUUGGCCUCAUCUCCAGCCCCUCAGGACCAAAGCAGAGUCUAAUUCAAUCAUGGGAGAGAGAUUUUUAGAAAUUCAGAAAUGUACUGUCCAAACUUUGUUUUGUUUUCGGGAGUGUUUUUAGACUAGUAGGGUGGGAUGUAUUUGUUAACCUUAAAACAUGUUAGUUAUGUGUCCUUUCAAAGAAUUUAGUCUUAUGAGAGGAACAGUGGACUUUGUGCUAUUUAAAUGUGUGUAUUUGUGUGUGUUUCUGAGCAGUUUAUUUAUUUAAAAAUGGGUGCAUUACUGAACCUAAACAUUAGGGGGCAGACACAGUUCAGGUUUAACGUACAUUUGUUGUGCAUUGCCUUUUUGUCCUUUGCAUCUCUGGCGAAAUGGGUAUUUUACAUUCACAUUACAUACUCCGUUGCCUUAAUCUGCACUUCACAUUGCUGCCGGCUGUGUGUUUUUAUAAUAGGCUAAUGUAAUUUGUGGCAGUCAAGCUUUUUGUAAAUUUCGCCAGGCGGCAUCUUUGUUAAUUCAGCACUCAUGCUGACACACAUCGCACUUUGAUGUACUGAGAUCUUUGCGUUUAAUAGUUUUAGACGUUUCCACACACAGUCGUCUGAAUGCUUCAUCUCAGAGGAGGAGGAAGAGGAGAGUCUCAGGAAGAAUGGAGCGUCACUGGUACAUUUGGUGUAAACGCUGCUUUUUUAAUCUGUGAAGGAAGCACGAUUGAGCUCCUUACACUUCAGUUUUGCAGAGGAUGGCUGAAGCCUUUUCAUGUUUUGACAUAAAGGCUUAUUGAGAACACAUCUUGGAGAAAGGAAUAUAAAAGAGCAGAGAGAGCUGUGACAGCAAUGGAGAUUUUUUUUCUUUGGUUCGUUAUGCAUAUUAAUGAUGUAUAUUUUUAAUGUCAUUUCACUAUUAAAGUCCCAGUGAUUGAUUUUCA